GUUGUCAUUCAUGACGAAGAUUGAGCGAGGAAGCGAGAUGUCAAUUCGACAUUGCUCGCUUUUCCUCAAACCACCAACCGCGGCUUAGCAUAUAUACGGAAGCACUUCCAGAGCAGUGGAUCUUCGCUCUGGAACCACAAUCACGUCCAAGCCCAGGACUUGCAUGAGCGCGAUGCAGAGGCCCGAUGGAGAAGACGAACAGCCAUUGCGGGAAGUCACCAUGAAGGCAGGGGAUAUUCUGCGUUUCAAAAAGGACAGAAGUGGCCUUUCAAAAACGAAAUGCCUGAGCUCGCAAAACAAUCCGGUAAGGGCCGAGAAGAAGCUCCCAAACAAUCAGUGCUGCUUCAGUCACAUGUUCGAACUUGUGAGCUAUUCUGUUCUUUUUGAAAUAGUUUACUACAACUGGCCAUAACCGGACUGCUCAGUCACCAGUAGCCACGUGCCUGAAAUCCGAGCCUACAGCGAUUCGUUACUGAGCAUAGUAAACUCUGUUUGCUGGUUGAUGAGAGAUCAUGGUGACAACGGAAUGGUGGUCCAGAAAGCACUGAAACUGGAUGGAAAGGGCGAAAUCGACUUGAUGGUAGGUCUGUCACAUAGAUGCGAUGUCUACUGGUAUCUUC